AUGCGACCCUCUGUGGGCUUUGUGGGCCUACUGCUUGUGGUCGCUCCUACUGUACUCGCUCAAAUCGAAAACGCACCCGACCUAUCCACCGUCACGCAACCAGGAGGCGACGCAGCGACGAACGCACCAUCCGAAACCUCCGCAGCCGAGACAUCGCAGCCAGCGACAUCACAGCCAGCAACAUCAGAAGCUGCAACAACCUCACAAGCAGCCAGCUCUGAGACUACCGAGGCUGCAAGCACUGGAGAUGCGCCCUCCAGUACCGCCGCCCAGACAGGGUCUACAAGCGUCUUCAACCUUGUAGGCGCGCCAACACUGGCUGGUAUCGGUAUCCCGGACAUGAAAGUCCCAGACACAGCCGGUGCUGCCUUUAUGCAAAAGUCCGAUCUUCCAGAUGGAACCGUCUUCAUCUGCGUCGGUGCUAUUCUCGCCUUCUUCGGUGCGGCAGUGCUGGCGUGGCGUGGUCUCGUUGCGUGGUCGUUGCAUCGUUCCGUCAAGCGGGCGGCCAUGGCUCAAAAUAUAGCUGAUAUCAAGGCCAUGUCAGCGGUGCCUGGCAAGAAGCGGGGGAUGUACAAUGUGGUCGGAGCAAGUUCAACCAUGUCUCUAGAUCACCUAAACGCCGCUCCCAUUGGCAAGUCGUCGAAAGCUUUCGCCGGUGCGCCUGGGCAGAGGUCUGCAUCGUCUCUGUUCUUCUCUCCGACUGCAGGUGGCGCCGCCGGUAUACGGGAUUCUGUAGCAGCCCGAUCCUCCACCUACCUUCCUGCAGGAUACUACGCAUCUGGUAACGCUGCGCCGGCUGCUGGAUCACCGCAGAUGCACAUUGGCGGCCAGAACCCCAACAAUCUUUCAGCCCUCUCCCUCUCCACACCAGGGAACCGGUUCAGCGCGAGAUCUGGUAUGUCACCACCAGAAUCGCCAUCACUUCCUCCAUCCCGUGGAGGAUACGCACGCGCACCACCAUCACGAGAUGGCCUGUCCGUAUAUAACCGCAACAGCGUCGCAACUCUCGGUCAACCUGGUAACACAAGAAGCAUCUAUGGCCAGGACGGCCACGCCGUAAGCCAGUUGUCGCUAAAUGUACCCGGCGGCACAAACGUCCCUGGUGGCCGCACUCCUAGUGGUUAUCUAGACGACCUGUUCGAAAACCAUGGCACUGGAUCAAGAGAGCGAUUCUAG